CCUCGGUCCCCCUGCACUCUCUCUCUCUCUCUAUCUCUGUAGUGCAGAAGCUUUGUCUUUUUUCUCUCUUUUCCAUUUUCCAUUCCCGAUCAUGAAAAGUUUUCUCUCUCUAGAGCUGAGGACACCGCGUGUUUGUCUUUUCCAUUAGAUUCCCAACGCGUUCAAAGACUAAUACUAAUAUAUAAACUUCUUUCGCUUCUUUAACAAAUCACUCACUCUCACUUUUCCUAUCCCGCAUUAAAAUUCUUAUUGGAUACAUUUCAAUGAAGGGAUUACCGAAACAUGAGCGACGUUGGGCCUCCGAUACUGUCACCGGCAAGGAAACGCUCGGUUCCGGAACGUCUCCCGGUAUUGAUUCCAAUACUGCUGAAGAGUUCGUUGAAGUCACACUUGAUUUUCAGAAUGAUGACACUAUUGUCCUCCGGAGUGUUGAGCCGGCCGCGGUUGUUAAUAUUGAAGAUGGAAAUGGAGUUGCUUCAGCUGGAGUGGCUACUCCGCUGUCUGUUUCUGCAUCUGUCUCGAGAUCACCGACGAUCAGGCGGAGUUCGUCGAAUAAACUUUUGCAGUUCUCGCAGGAGUUGAAGGCGGAGGCUGUGGCCAAAGCGAGGCAGUUUUCGCAGGAGUUGAAAGCUGAGUUAAGGAGGUUUUCUUGGAGCCAUGGACACGCGACGAAGGUGUUGUCGGCUUCGCCGAGCAAUGGUGGAGGUGGAGGUGGAUUUGAAUCGGCUCUGGCUGCUCGAGCUUUGAGAAAGCAGCGGGCACAGAUGGACCGGACUCGUUCCGGUGCUCAGAAAGCGCUGCGUGGAUUGAGGUUUAUGAGUAACUGUAAAAGCAAAGGUGUAGAUGCAUGGAACGAAGUUCAAAUCAAUUUCGAGAAGCUUGCCAAAGAUGGUUAUCUUUAUCGAGCCGAUUUUGCCCAAUGCAUAGGUAUGAGAGAUUCCAAGGAGUUUGCUCUUGAACUCUUCGAUGCAUUGGGUAGGAGACGGAGGUUAAAAGUGGAAAAGGUCACCAGAGACGAGCUUUACGAGUUCUGGUCACAGAUCACCGAUCAAAGCUUCGAUUCUCGUCUGCAGAUCUUCUUCGACAUGGUGGACAAGAAUGAUGAUGGGAGAAUUACGGAAGAAGAAGUAAAAGAGAUUAUCAUGCUAAGUGCAUCUGCAAACAAGUUGUCACGAUUAAAGGAACAAGCAGAGGAAUACGCAGCUUUGAUCAUGGAAGAGCUGGAUCCUGAAAGACUUGGCUAUAUUGAGCUAUGGCAAUUGGAGACGCUUCUUCUCCAAAAGGACACGUAUCUCAACUAUAGUCAAGCACUAAGCUACACCAGCCAGGCUUUGAGCCAAAACUUACAAGGACUAAGAAAGAGAGGCCCAAUAAGGAGGUUAAGCACACAACUAAUUUAUUUUUUACAAGAGAAUUGGAAGAGAAUUUGGGUUUUGGCGUUAUGGGUCUUGAUAAUGAUCGGUUUGUUCACUUGGAAAUUCUUCCAGUACAAGCAAAAAAAUGCUUUCAUAGUCAUGGGUUAUUGUCUCCUAACGGCUAAAGGUGCAGCAGAGACUUUGAAGCUCAACAUGGCUCUCAUUCUCUUGCCAGUUUGUAGAAAUACCAUCACCUGGCUCAGAUCCACAAGAUUGGGUUACUUCGUGCCUUUUGACGACAACAUUAAUUUUCACAAGACUAUUGCGGCUGCAAUUGUAAUUGGUGUUAUUCUCCAUGCUGGAAACCACCUUGCCUGUGAUUUUCCGAGGCUGAUAAAUUCAUCGGAUCAAGAGUAUAAGAAUUAUCUGCGCGAUGACUUUGGGGAACAUAAACCCAGUUAUGCGAAAUUGGUCAAAGGGGCUGAGGGCGUGACUGGAAUUCUAAUGGUUAUCUUCAUGGCAAUUGCAUUUACGCUUGCAACACGGUGGUUCAGGCGGAGCCUAAUUAAGUUUCCAAAACCCUUUGAUAGACUCACCGGCUUCAAUGCAUUCUGGUAUUCACACCACCUGUUUGUCCUUGUCUAUAUCCUGCUCAUCAUCCAUGGUGUACUCCUCUAUCUAGUGCAUAAAUGGUACCUGAAAACGACAUGGAUGUACCUUGCUGUUCCAGUUUUACUAUAUGCUGGAGAAAGAGCCCUGAGAUUUUUUCGUUCUGGCUUCUAUUCCGUCCAGCUUCGGAAGGUUGCAAUUUACCCUGGCAAUGUCCUCACAUUGCAGAUGUCAAAGCCUUCCCAGUUUCGAUAUAAGAGUGGGCAAUACAUGUUCGUCCAGUGCCCUGCCGUUUCUCCAUUUGAGUGGCAUCCAUUUUCCAUUACCUCAGCUCCUGGUGAUGACUACCUUAGUGUUCACAUUCGGCAGCUAGGUGACUGGACCCAAGAACUUAAAAGGGUCUUCUCCGAGGCCUGUGAACGUCCUGUAGCUGGGAAGAGUGGGCUUCUCAGGGCCGACGAAACAACCAAAAAAAGUUUGCCAAAGCUCUUAAUAGAUGGCCCUUACGGCGCCCCAGCACAAGACUACCGGAAAUAUGAUGUGCUUUUACUAGUCGGUCUUGGAAUUGGAGCCACACCUUUCAUCAGCAUUCUAAAAGAUUUGCUUAACAACAUUGUCAAAAUGGAGGAGCAGGCAGACUUGGGAUCAGAUAUCAGCAGGACUUCAGAUUUAAGUGUUGGUAGUAAUGAUGCUUCGACUCAUACUAGAACUUCUCCAAAACGAAAAAAGACUAUGAGGACUACCAAUGCUUAUUUCUAUUGGGUAACUAGGGAACAAGGUUCCUUCGAUUGGUUCAAAGGGGUCAUGAAUGAAGUCGCAGACAUUGAUCAAAGGGGUGUGAUUGAAAUGCACAAUUAUUUGACCAGUGUUUAUGAAGAAGGUGACGCCCGAUCAACCCUCAUUACCAUGGUCCAAGCCCUAAACCAUGCCAAGAACGGAGUGGACAUUGUUUCUGGCACUAGGGUGCGAACCCAUUUUGCAAGGCCUAAUUGGAAGAAGGUUCUCUCUAAAUUAUGUUCUAAGCACUGUAAUGCAAGGAUAGGUGUUUUUUACUGUGGUGCACCUGUCUUGGCCAAAGAACUCAGCAAGCUCUGUUACGAGUUCAAUCAAAAAGGUUCCACCAAGUUUGAGUUCCACAAAGAGCAUUUCUAAAUUCUGAAAAGUACAUUGGGUGCGUAAAUAACUUCUACUUGCAAUACACUUCCCUCAAUUCUUAACAACUCUACCUGCACAAUAAUAAUUCUGAAGCAUUGUACAGCCCUCAGUGGAUAAGGGUUAAAAAAGGAAAGCAAAAAAAAAAAAAAGGAAGAUAUAUACAUAAACAAACAUCUAUUAUUCUCAAGUGUAUAGCACACCAAGCCAGCUAGAAAGUUAUUGUGGCUGAUGAGAUGACAAGGGGGUUUCACUGGUAACCAUAGCGAGUUCAUUUAGUGAUAGUGGAAGAACUAAAGCGAUUGCAAGGGGAUGAGAGUGCGUUACAGCUACAAUUGAGAGGUAUACUUAAUUGACAAGGAUAUGGCGAUCCAUGAUUGGCAGACAUCCAUAAGUGGAUAAAUGAGGACGGUUUUUCAUUCUUUGUACUCAGGAGGUGAUAGGUAUGUGCUUUGAAUUUGACAAAUUUUUUUCUUGUAAGUGGGGCACAAAGAAUCCUUCUAGAAUUUGAAUGCUGGCACCAGUCAAAUCCACUCGCACUCUUGAUUACAAUAAUUAAGCAAAUUAUGUAAAUUCAUGGACUUUUGUCUUCGAACCUUCUGUUUCCAACUUUUGGCCAGGAAGAUGUCCGAGGUGGAAUAUUAUCUAUUUUUGUAUGGAACAUUUUGGGAUACCAUCAACAACAUAUGGGGUCCAUUCUAUUACCAAGUAAUUAAUUUUGUAUUGGUUGAAGCUGUACACCCUAUUUUUUUUUUUUUAAUGAUGAGGGACACAAUGAUAUUUUUAGUUAUUAUUAAUGAAGGUAUUAUAGAUUGUUGAUAGCUCUUA